AUGGGUUCCUCUCGGACACCCAGGAUGGGGCGUGUGGGAGGGCACGGGCUGAUGGCAUUGCUGAUGGCCAGUCUCAUUCUGCCAGGAAUCUUGGCUAAGAGCAUUGGGACCCUCUCGGACCCCUGUAAGGACCCCACGAGGAUCACUUCCCCGAAUGAUCCCUGUCUCAUUGGAAAGCCUGGCUCCAACAGCAUCAGCAGCCAAGGUGGAUCCAGCAGUUUCAGCAGCCAAGGUGGAUCCAGCAGUUUCAGCAGCCAAGGUGGAUCCAGCAGCUCCCAGGGAGGUUCUUCAGGAUCCUUGAUAUAUAAACCAGGGACAGGGUAUUCUCAGAGUAGCUAUUCUUUUGGCUCUGGUGGCUCCCAGUCAGGAAGCAACGGGUUCCAGUCAGGAAGCAGUGGCUCUCAGACAGGAAGCAGUGGUUCUCAGACAGGAAGCAGUGGUUCUCAGACAGGAAGCAGUGGUUCUCAGACAGGAAGCAGCGGCUCUCAGACAGGAAGCAGCGGCUCUCAGACAGGAAGCAGCGGCUCUCAGACAGGAAGCAGUGGCUCUCAGACAGGAAGCAGCAGCUCUCAGACAGGAAGCAGUGGCUCCGAGUCCGGAAGAUGGGUAAGCACCAGUUCUCAAUGGGUAAGCAGCAGUUCUCAGUCUGGAAGUUCAGGAAGCAGCCGGGAAGGACCAGGAAAUGGCUCUGCUCUACCAACCGAUGACAAUUCUUCCCGCCAAACAUCAGGCACUUCCCAGUCUGGAGGCUCAUACACUUCCCAGAGCAGCAGCUCCAACCUGCGACCCUGUAGCUCCAACUUGCCCGACUCUCCCUGCAGUGGGGGGCCUGUCAUCACACACAAAGGGCCUUACAUCUCUGACUCCCACACUGUAUCAGGUGGCCAGAGACCUGUUGUGGUGGUGGUGGAGCAACAUGGCUCUGGAGGCCCUGGAGGGUUUCAAGGCAUGCCCUGUAGCAAUGGCGGCCCCUCAGGCAAGCCCUGCCCUCCCAUCACCUCUGUCCAGAAACCCUAUGGCGGCUAUGAGGUGGUGGGUGGCUCUGCCAACAGUUAUCUGGUCCCAGGUAUGACCUACAGUGGAGGUAAAAUCUACCCAGUGGGCUACUUCACCAAAGACAACCCUAUCAGGGGCUCGCCAGGGGCCCCCUCCUUUCCAGCUGGGGCCCCAAUCUCUGAGGGCAAGUACUUCUCUAGCAAUCCCAUCAUCCCCAGCCGCAGCUCUUCCAGUUCCAGUGGCUACCCAUCGGGCAAUGUGUUCCAGCCUGUGGGCUCUGGUGGGGUCCAGCUCUGUGGCACUGGCUCUGUCAGCUCUAAGGGGCCUUGCUCUGGUACGAGAAUUCAGAUCACCUCCAGCAGCUCCAGUACCUCCUACCACCCCUGCAGUGGUGGUGCUUCCCAGGGGCCCUGCUCCUCACCAGGCACUGGCUCUAUCAGUGGGGGAAGCUCUUCCUCCACUGGCAAAAUCAUCCUUCAGCCCUGUGGCAGCAAAUCUAGCUCUUCCGGUUACCCCUGCCUUUCUGUUCCCUCCUCCACAUUGAAUGGGGGUCUGAAUGGCUCUCCUCAGCCUGUUCCCUCCGUGGUUGUCAAGCCCUGUGGCCUCAACAGCCCCGGAAGAGUGCCCUGCCGUUCCAUCCGCAACAUUCUGACCCGAGUGAAGCCUUUGGGGCCCCAGUUAGUGGAUCCUGAAGUUUUUCUGCCACAGGGAGAGCCACUUGAGAAGUCUUAA